CCUGAACAAAAAAAGUCAGUGUAACUUUUUUCUAAAGUUGACCGUUUUCGAGUUAUAAGAGGUUUAAUGUUGGGAAAAUGCCACUAAAAACGGGUAUUUUCAAUGGUUAACAAUAAGGUUGUAAAUUCUUAUUUUUGAGGUUGCCAAGUGUUUAAAUCGAAGUUCAAACCUUCUCCCACAAGACUUCGGAAAGUAUUUUUAGUUUAUUUUGAAGCAUUUUUUAACCUUGUUUGGUAGGUUAACAAAUGGCAAACUUUUGAUUUUCGCAGACUGUACACUUGACACCUUGCCUGAAUGUGUGCGUGCGUUGGCUUCGGCUGAUAUAUUAUACCCCUUUAUAAAUAGCGUUUGUGUCUGUAAUAACCUUUAUAAAUAUUGCCUUUCUUGUUUGAAGGCAAGGAAAAGUCAUGAUGAUUCCAUUGACACCGUCUAUGUACGUUAUGGAGGACAAAGUUGAUUCAACCGAGAAAGGAGAAGGCAAGAUAAGUCCAGGGAACAAAAUCGUAACAAGCGGCUUAAGUGGAAUUGGCGGCAACUACAACAAUAAUAAUUACAAUAACUACAACAAAAAGCCUCCAGGAAGGCAAGUGUCUGAAACAGACCUUUAUCUACUGGGUGCUAUUGAGAAGCUGGUGUAUAAAGUUGAUUUCAUAGAGAAGAGACUGAGAAGGGUGGAAGAGAUGCUUUACUAUGCAGUGGCUGGUAACCGGAUAGAUACAGAACCUUGCAAAGGAAACUUCACAAGAGUGGGUGGAAAUUGUUACCACUUCAACAGUGAGGCUGGUCGAGAAUUUGACUGGAAAGUGGCUAGCAAACAAUGUAAAAAGAUGGGAGCUUUCUUAGCAGAGAUGGAGACUAUCGAAGAAAACCAAGAUUUGGUCACCUAUAUUCAGAGCAGCAACUAUCUGAGAGGCAAAGACUACUGGGUAGGUGGCCUGAAUCCUGGCUUGCUGUGGAUCUGGAGUAACAGUGCUAGACCUGUAGCAGCACCGGGAUCUCAAAAAAACAAAGACAACCCUUCGGCAGCCAUCCAAGGCGAAGGACGAUGCUUAAGGCUUGCUUUUAAUCCUACUUUACGGUCGUAUGCUUACAAAGGGUCCGAUUGCUCGGUUCGUUACAAUUUUAUCUGCGAGGAGAUCCAGAAUACGUCUAGCAAUGAAAUAAAAAGGAUCGGCAGAAUCAGAAGAAUAUUCAGCGAUGAGCUGUAGAUUUUUAAUUGGCUAUUUGUAUUGUUCAGAUACAGAUGCUACCAAAUGUGCUUAUAUUCUUAUCCACAAUUUUCGAUGUUUUAUAUGUAUGGUGCUGCGAAUAAUAUUCUAGUUCGUCCGACGUUUAAGAGACGAUGUUCGAUAUUUGUUGUAAUUUAUUUUUUAAUUUAUUAUUACCUAAUAAAGAUAACAAAAC